UGUGUGAAGAAGGGGGAGCUGAAGGGGGUGGAGGUCAAGGAAGGAGCUGGGCAGCAGAGAAAAUGUCCUGACUGCACAUCUGGAAAGCUGCCUAGAACCUCAUUCCCUAUCUCCUCUGAUCAUGCCUCGACUCCCCUUGAGCUUGUGCACACGGAUGUGUGUGGACCGAUGCAAACUCCUGACCGGAAAAGGGGCAGCAGGUACUUUGUCACCUUUCUUGAUGACUUCAGUCGACUUAGCUGGGUCACCUUGGUGAAGACCAAGGAUGAGGUGGCAAAGGUGUUUAAGCGGUGGAUACGCUAUGUGGAGAGGGAAUCAGGGGCCAAGGUAAAGGUGUUAAGGUCAGAUCGGGGUGGAGAGUACCUUGGGAAAGAACUUCAAAUCUUCUUGGAAGAAAAGGGUAUUUCCCACCAGCUCUCUUGGGGGAUCUUCCUUGGGGUUUCUGAGAGGAGCAAGGCUUGGGUGCUAUGGAGUGUAGCUGACCAGCGUGUGAUGGAGAGCCGUGAUGUGAUUUUCCAUGAGGGGCUGAAUUAUAAGGGAUUCUACCCCUCAGCCAGCCACGCAGGCCGAUGCGCAUGAUGAUCAGCCAGAGCAGCAUGUGCCUUCAACUCCAUCGAGAAGCAGUUGGCAGCAGUUGUUGAACCAGCAGCUGUCCAAGACUCCAAGGACUCCAAUGAAGAGGGUGACUUGGGAGGAGAAGCUGCAGAGGCUGGAAGAAGGAGAGGCAACACCUCUGCGACGCAGUGCUCGAAUUUCCCAGCCACCUGAAAGGUUUACCCCGGGGCACAUU